AUGGAGGACGGUCUGCUGGAGAUCAUGACGAAGGACGGCGGCGACAUGCCGGCACCUCUGGAGGUGUCCACGGUGCCGGCCGUGGGGGACGUGAUCUCCGGGGAGUACAACGGCGGCAUGAAGGAGCUGAUGGAGCACCUCAAGGCCCAGCUGCAGGCCCUGUUUGAGGACGUGAGGGCCAUGCGUGGGGCCCUGGACGAGCAGGCCUCGCACAUCCAGGUGCUCUCGGACGACGUGUGCGCCAACCAGCGGGCCAUCGUCUCCAUGUGCCGGAUUAUGACCACCGCGCCCCGCCAGGGUGCCCUGGGCGUGGUCGGCGGCAAGGGGAGCUUCCCGGGCGCCCCCCAAGAGCCGGAGACCCCUUCGCUUGGGAUCGGGGACAGCGGUUUGCUGGGUCGCGAUCCUGAGGACGAGGAGGACGACGAUUCAGAAGAGAAGGAGAUGCCCAGCUCCGCCACACCCACUAGUCACUGUGAGCGCCCCGAGAGCCCCUGUGCUGGCCUCCUUGUGGGGGACGGGCCACUUGUGGAGCCCCUCGAUCUGCCCGACAUUACCCUGCUGCAGCUGGAGGGAGAGGCCUCUCUGUGA